GGCCUAGUCAAGACAGUGUUAAAUGUUCUGUUACAUGAGCUCAUCCUUGCAAAAACCUUACUUCUCUCAAUAUAUUUCUGCUUCUGGUAAUUACUCUGCAAGUGUGGUAGAUUUUGACAAAAAUUGUCAAUAUUAAUAUUUUACUCCGAGGGCAAAACAAAGUCCACACCAAUCUCAGUUAAUUUAAUACUUUUAGAGUAGGCCUAGUCUUGAAUACCUGAUGGAGAAACAAAUCUCUCAUCAAUACCAGUCAGCUCCAAAUAACUGAAAACCCCCUGAAGAAGGCUAUUGACACUUGAAAAUUUGCUGUGUAGAGCCUCCACUACAAUAAUGAGUGAUGCUCACUAGACGAACAAAUACCAAAGCGUGCUCCAGUACCACUGGUGUAUAAAGGAUUGGCUUAGUGCACAUCAGACAGACUAACCACGUAACCACUGCACGUGUUAUUACAGUGCUCUAACCAUUGAGCUAAACAGCCAUAGCCUGCGGCUUUCAAAAACGAUCAGGAAAUAAGCUAUCGUCGACUUUUCCAAUGUGCAAUAUGUCCCAGUAUGCAGAUAGGAGAAGGUAAAUGGCAGCAGCGACCUGCUCCCUGCACACAGGCCUACUGUGUCCUCUGCAAGCACUGAUUGAGCCGCGGGCGUUGCCAUGACUACAUGGCGACCCAAUGAGAAAGCUCGCGGCAUACUGUUGCUGAAUGAAAAUAACAGAAGCCAUUUUACCCACGAAGGCACGACAUCAUUCAAUAAUAAUAAUAAAGGCGGAUACAGGGAGGCAGUUUCAAGCCGUAUCGCCGGAAAGGGCUGUCAGACUGCGACCGCGGCGCGCCUGCCGCUUAUGAAGGAUGCGGUGACACAAAAUGUUAUUGUGCCGCGUCGCGUCCUCCUCUGUUGGCGGUUUGUCGUGAGGGGAGAGGGACAGCUUCUUCGCAACGCUAUCACAGCUCCAGUGACCCGUGAGAGAGGGAGUUGCCUUAGCUGACCGGCAACAUCCAUGCGCGUUUGUCUUUACUCGGAAAGAGAGCGUCGAAAAACAGGUGUACGGUUUCAUCAGACGGAUAUCCCGCUGGAGAAAGAGCCCUGCUGCUGCCUGCCUCGUUUGUGGGGACUUUAAACUUCUGGCGGAAGACUGGAGUCAUUUCGGACGAGGUUGGCUGCUUAAUGUGUUGCGGCAUUAGCAGUGUUGAGGCGCUGCACCGGGUAAGAUCUGGAACUAAAGCUUGAACCGCAGGAGACACUUAUCAGGAACAGGGGAACCAAAGGAAGAAAGAAUUUUGAGAACAUAAGAGGACAACAAAAAAGAAAGGAAAAAGCACUUGGACAUACAGCUUACCUAUACCUGACUCUGCUUAGCAAGCCUCCAGCCUUUUGAUUUUAUGACGGAAGGUGUGUCCAUCUACAGUAGAUCAGUAAGAAGUGCUCUUCACCAUGAAUACAGAUAGCGGAGGAUGUGCUCGCAAAAGCACUGCCUUGUCACUCACUCUCUCUCCCAUGAAGAGGGUCCAGAGCUCACCAAAUCUGGCCACAGGGAGUGAGUCUCACUCAUCAGACUCAGAUGCUUGGCGGUCACUCAGUGCAACAGAGGGUCUGAGGAAUGGAGACGCCAGCACCUCAUCUCUUGCUGCCAAAGGUUUCCGCAGUGUCAGACCCAACCUACAGGAUAAGAAGUCACCUACACAGGGGCCACCUUCCCCCGACCCCACAGCACGGCGUUCCCCCUACCGUUGCCACAGCUCAGAAUCACUCGACUACCUGUCAAGCCUAAUCCCCAUGGCCCUAUCACCCACCCCAUAUGUCCCUAGUGGAGCCGCCGCCACAGCUGGUGUAGUCAGCAGUGUGGGCACCGGUGGCUGCGCGUCACCCUCGGCCUCCCCUGUGACCGUGUCGGCUCUCAGCCACUACUCUUCAUCCACGGCGGGUCUGCUGGACGAGCUGCAAAUCUGCAGUCUGGACUCGCCUGGCACUUCGCCCACGCCAUCGCCCACCCUCAGCCACGUCUCUGCCUACACACCCACUGCCAGCCCUGAUGAAGCGCUAACAGCCUCUGUGGCCUCCACUGCUGCAGCAGCCACUGUCACUAACGGCCAGGUCCUCUCUCAUGCUAUGAAUGGAAAUAGUGGACACCCUCAGAGGCCCCUCUCUCCCCCAGCCUAUCCUCCUCCUCCCUCCUCACUCAACACCGGGCUGCAGAGACAGAGCAGGAGUUCAGAGGGCAGUGAGUCAGUUACCAGGGAGUCUGUAGUGGUGGGCCACACCAGCGUCAGCAGCACUGUGCCCAUUGCACGCUUCUCGGAAGAAGAGAAAAAGGUGUCUGUCAUUAAAGCCCCCCACUACGAAGGCAUCGGCCCUGUGGAUGAGUCUGGCAUCCCCAUUGCUAUCCGCACGACGGUGGAUAGGCCCAAGGAUUGGUACAAAACUAUGUUCAAACAGAUCCACAUGGUUCACAAAGCAGAUGAUGACUAUGCUGACACGUACAAUGCAACAUAUGCUGUCAUAAACAAUGACUCCUAUAGCCCGUCAUCAAAUCCCACCAUGGCCCAUCCUGCCCCUCGGACACACACAUACCGGCCAUUAGCCAAGAGCCCUUCAGACAAUGGAGGGCACCUGGGGCACAGGGAGCCUUCGCCAUCUCCUGUGCCUCCUCCGCCCCCACCCAUGCCCUCCCUCCUCCAAUUGAGGACCCGAGACAGCGACCGAGAGAAAGACUCACCUGACACAGAGUUGUUUUCCUCACAUAGGAAUGAAUGGGGUCCUCCCGACAGGAAAGUGGACACACGAAAGUACCGUGCUGAGCCUAAAAGUAUUUUUGAGUAUGAGCCCGGGAAGUCCUCUAUUUUGGAACAUGAAAGACCAACCUAUGAUGACAUAGAUUUAGAGAACGAGCCUUGGUAUAAGUUCUUUUCCGAGCUGGAGUUUGGGCGGCCGCCUCCUAAAAAACGACUGGAUUAUAAUCCAGACAUCUCCGCUCGCCAGCGCAUUGAGACGUCCCUGUACAUCGCCCCUGCUGACAAGCCUCCCGAGAGGCCUGCGAGUGCUGCCAGUGACUACAGGAAGAGAAGGAAGUCUGAGCCAUCAGGAUCCCAAACUAAUGCGCAGUCUGACCACAGCAGAGCUGCAACCUCCCCUAAACCGCUGGAUGCCUACAGAGCCAGCAGCCUAAAAAAACCUGUCAUCCGCUCCUCACCAUCCUCACCCUCCAGAUCCAAAGGUGGGGACGCAUGCAACAUGUACUCACCCCGCUUGACCUCUCCAGGUCCUUUUCUACGCCCUUAUCUAUCCCCUGUGCCCUCUGACCCUAUCCAUUGCCAUGAGGAUGCUAGUCAAGAAGGCAGCUCCUCCUCCAAGCAGUCUGUCUGUUUUAAGAACAGCUGGCAGACAAAAUGCCAGGACACUGAGACAUGGAGCAGUGCAGAGGAGGUGCCACCCUCUCCCGGAAAACUCAAGUCACGCAGUUGCGAUGAUCUCCUGAAUGAUGGCCAUUCUGGGUCAGGUGGACGCAAUGCCACUCGAUCAGAAAGUGCUGGGUCACUGGUAUGUGAUGGGAAUGCUUCAGGCCAGACUGGGUCAUCCUCUACCCGCUCCUUGCCUCGCCCCCACCGGCAACGAGCACACGAUUCACCAGGUUUUCUCCAGCUCUAUCGUAAGAUGCACCACAUUGACCGCACCCAGCUCAUCCCAUCUGAAGUCAUCCGCUCGGUACGCGCCCGCAUCCUGGAGCUAGAGCGCCAGCCACACCUGCAUCGACAUCGCCUCUCUCCUUGGACACCUUCUUGGGGUGUGGAGGUUCCACGGGAUGUGGUGCCAACCCGCAUCUCUGAAUACGAGCGCCUCAUUCAAAAGUCCAAAUCUAUGCCCAAUUUGGGUGACAGUGAGGUGCCGUCGGGCACCACUACACCAGGUGGCUCAUCGUCUCGGGCCAGCAGCGGUGGUGGUGGCACACCUAGUUAUCCCAAACGCCGUUUCUCCAUAGAGUCUUUACUAGAGGAGGACAACAAUGGAAACAAUGGAGCAGUCCCACACACCAUGAUUCACUUGCAUCGACCUCGUAGCCCACCGGAGGGCCAACCUCGUGUUGGGCCAGAAUCCCACCACGGGCGGUCCUUUGCUGCUCCUCAUAUUCUUCCCCAAGGCCGCCGAGCCAACGCAGAGUAUUCUGACAGUGAACAAGACGCUGCUGCAUCAGACCUCAGUGACUUCAUCCAGGUGGAAGGCUCAUCGUUUUGUAGUGAGAGUGACUUUGAUCAUUGCUCACUAACCUCCUCUGAGAGCCUGUAUGGCUCCUCCACCCUCCAUCACCACCACCUCCGGCAUCACCACCACCAUCACCACCACCACCCUGCUCACCAGAGUCUAGGCCAGAGCCAGGGCUACCAACACCGCCACCUAAUCAGCUCCUGUAAAGGUCGCUGCCCAGCCUCCUAUACUCGUUUCACCACCAUGCUGCGCCAUGAGAGGGAGCGGGCACGCCAGGAGCACCAGAGACCACCACAGCAGAGCCGCAGCAGUCAUUCCCAAAGUCAAACCUCACAGUCCCAGCAAGCGAUGUCCAAGCUGGCCUUCCUGGUCAGCCCAGUGCCUUUCCGCAGGAAAAAGGGCUCACCACCUACCUCCAGAAGGAGCAGUGCUGGUGGAGGUCGAGGUAGCAGACCAAAGUCCAAAGAGGCCAUUUAUGAAGCACUAGACACAGCCUUGAGAGACAUAUAUGAGCACAUCCAAACAGAGAGAGGCCACAGAGGCACUAGGGUACCAGAUGAUAGCAUCCUACGGAGAAUACUGGCUGAACUGCUACCAAAUGUGCCUGAACGAAGCUCCUCUCUGCGGGGGAGGAGAGGCUGCCGGCAGGGGGGUCACUCCUCUACGUCUUUCUACCCAGAUGGGAGCCCCAUGGGGUAUGCCUCAUAUAGACGGGACCCCUCCACACCACAGAUACAGUCACCACGGCUACAGUCACCAAUCAGUGCCUGUUACGGACACCAUUCAGACACCUCAAACAAUAACGAUUAUGGAGGGGAGCAGGGCAAUGGAAACGCUCUCUGUUACUCAGACCAGGAUGUCUCCAGGAGUUAUUCCACUAUGGAUGGACGCCACACACCCCAGAGCAGAAGACCUACCCCUGACAGAGAGGUCUCCCAUAAACAGAUGACACAACUUAUUCUGUUCUCUCUCCUCCAUCAGAAACAGCCUGCAAGAGCCAUUUAUGAUUUUAAGGCACAAACAGCUAAGGAGCUGACAUUCAAGAAGGGUGAUGCGGUGAACAUCAUUCGGCAGAUAGAUAACAACUGGUAUGAGGGCGAGCACCGCGGGCGAGUGGGGAUAUUCCCCAUCUCAUAUGUGGAGAGGAUGCCCUCCACAGAGAAGCAGCAGCCAGUCCGGCCUCCUCCACCAGCACAUGUCAGAGAGAUUGGAGAGGCAGUGGCCCGCUACAACUUUAAUGCUGAUACCAACGUGGAGUUGUCUCUCAGAAAGGGUGAGAGAGUAAUCCUGAUAAGACAGGUGGAUCAGAACUGGUAUGAAGGGAAGAUCCCAGACACCAACAAACAGGGCAUCUUCCCUGUUUCCUAUGUUGACAUUGUCAAGCGUUCCCCGUCCAAGAGCCCCACCCACCACGGUGAUCCCCAUGGUUACCCUGGCAACAGGACACCAAGUUCCACACCCAUCAAGCGAUUUGUGCAUGAUGCACCCCAUGGUGCGGGAGACCCGUUCCAGGCCCUGUAUAACUACUUGCCCCGCAAUGAGGAUGAGCUGGAGCUGAAGGAGGGAGACAUUGUUGAUGUGAUGGAGAAGUGUGAUGAUGGCUGGUUUGUUGGGACGUCUCGACGGAGCAAGCUGUUUGGAACCUUCCCAGGAAACUAUGUGAAGCAGCUAUAAUGUUGAUUCCAGACCCCUAGCAGCCCUGCCCCUCCCCGUCCUCUGACACUUUGAUCGCCCCAGCAGAAACUACAUCCUGAGAAGGGUCACCCCAAGACCUGUCGCACAGUUAUGUGUGUGUGUGUGUGUAUGUUGAUGUGUGGCUUCACACAGAAAGAACAUUUAGCUGUAACUAGCCAUCUUAUUCCAAUAAUAUAAUUCCGUUUUUUCUUUUUUUUUUUUUUUUUUCUAUCAUGGAGCUCCCAAGCUUUGUACUCCAGUCAGUGAUCUGUUACCACUGACACUGAUGGAAGGAUACAGAAUGAACAUGACAGACACUCAGAGGUAGUGAAGCAAACAGUGCACCUCCCAGGCUGCCUUUUUGUGUGUUUCACCUGCUUUGUUUGACUCUGUGGUUUCCACAACAGUGACUACGGGGUGGGUCUUUAGCUUCAGUUAAAUCGCAGUUUACAGUCACGGUGGCCACAGUGUUUUGUUUUUGUUUUUUUUUCUUUCCAGAAUCACAAAUUCAACUCUUGUUACAUUUCUUCUCAGUGUUCAAUUAGAAGUAUCCCCCAAAGUCAAUCAGUGAGGAUAGUAUUCUGAAAACAGUAUUCUUUGAAUGGGUUAUUAAAUGUAUGCAGAUGUAUGUAGUGUAUUAACUGUAUUGUAGAAUGGGCAUUGCAGUCGUGCAACUUGUUGCAUGUCAACAUGUCAGGUAAAAUUAUGCUAGGUGGAAACGAACAUGUGAUAUGCUGACACCAUAUGCUACCCAAGGUAUUGCUGGUUUCAUAAUAAAUUGGGAAUACUUUGUGUCCCUAAUUACAAUGAAGCAGUUCUGUCAAAGAUUGCAAAUAAGGCCAUGACAAUUGUUGACAUUACUGACACUGUUGCGUUUGCUGUCCAAACAAGUCCCUUCAAUCCAUAGUAUCAGUACAUACAGUGGACAUACACAACGGCAUUUUGGACCCAAUGCUUUGAAUUUCUUGUCACCUUCACUUCACACUACAAUUGAUGCACUUUGAUGAAACUUCAAAACAUACUUUUUUUUCUUGCUUUCUUUUCACUUUUUAGAUUUUACAACUAAAAGUGAAAGGGAGGUCGCUCUGAUUUGGGGCUUUGGGAGGGAUAAUGAUCAUGUCUACAAAUUGUAUGCAAAAAAGUUAUCAACUUUUAUGUAUUAUAUUUAUUAGAGGAUGAGUGCUGAUUAAACUAUGUAAUAAGACAGUUUUAGGAUGGAUGGAACAACACUCUUUGUACUUGUUUUUCUCAUUGAAGUGACUUAAGGUAAAGUGCUACUUUUAAAUUUCAGCAGCAGCAAUUCUUUUUGAAGCUGUAUGGUUUUAUUGUCAAGAGUAUCCUUUUCCAGAUAAGUGCUAAGUAUGGCAAAAAACACAGUAGUUAACAGGCUAUAAUUAAUUGACAGUUGACAUGUUUUAUUUUUGAUUUAUUUAAGGUAGAUGCAGGAUGAAUAACAUUUCAUUGAAAAAUACAGUUACUGUAUGUGACUGCAGUUUUUUUUUCACUAGCUUGUGGUGACAUCCUAUUAAUCCUAUUGCCAGAAUGAGUGGGUAGAGUGUCACUGUGUUAUGUGUUGUUAUAUUUGGAAUUAUUGGCAACUGCCAACGCGGCUUUUCAUGUCACUGAAUAUGAGUUUCUUUUUUUUCUUUUAUUUUCUUGUUUUUUUGCCUUUUACUUGUCUCACGUAAGAUGGACACUGACAACAAAGCAGUUGUUGAAGCACCUUAAUAUAUAUUUUGAUUGUUUUUAUCAUUCAUUGGUUCUUUCACAUCACUCCCUGUCACUCACAGUUUCUGUUGGUGUGAGAGCACUAUUUGGGUCUGUGGUGUUUUUGUAAGCCUUUUUGUAUGACAGCUGUAGAAAUGGCCAACAUCCACUGCUUUAUAAAGUCAUCCUGUUCUCACCCACCAUCA